UACAUACAUACAUACAUGUUGAGCCAACAAGUAAUUUCCCUUUUACUUGAUACUUGGAUCAUGCAGUUACUGGAAAAAGGCACAUUAUUACAGCAUUUUUUUUUCUAAACUAAAGUCAUCUGAUCAUGAAUGGUUGAAUGAAUGGCUUCCGUCCAAUACUAUCGCAACUUGCCUGAUGUCCGUGUGAAAAAUCAUGUUUGCAUAGUGCAGCCUUAGUCGUCAGAGGGUUUGGAUUCGGUAUAAAUGUCGCCCUGAACAACAUUACCAUCACGAUCAGCCUUCGUCGCUCAUGAUCAUGGGAGCUUUAACCAAUUUAGCCAUUCUUUCCUUGGCAUUUGUCUCCAGGGUUGCCUCUCGAAACCUUGCUUCCCAAUCCUUUGUGCAAUUUUCUUCCAAUCCCACGUCUGGCCCCAUUCCUUAUUGCGAGAACGGCAAAUGGAUCAGUUGCGAGCAAGUCACCGUUGACCUGAUUGCAUUGAGAAGCAACCAACCCUUGAUUCUGCCCAAUGGAGAGAAGGUCAGCCCUGUUGAAUCCUCACCAGGAUCUGAGUCCGGAUCAACCACGGCGUUUUAUCAAUCUGAGGACCUGUUGAACUCCAUGACCAUCACUUUCUUCGCCUCGGGCUCCAAUGAGGUCAAUGCCGUCCUUCAUGAGGACGAUCAAGUAUUCAACUUGGCGCCUUGCGACCAAACUGGUGGUGAAUGUCACGUUUUAGCCGAGGAGGAUCCGGACUUGUUCAAUGUGGAGGAGACCUCGACCAACUCCACAAUGAGGGACUUGAUGGUGAGUGCUCAAUUCCUAUUCCUUAUUUUUGCAUUUUGCCAUUGCAAGUGA